CACUAAAAGAUAGCGAAGCGUCCAAGGCAUAUGGUCCAAGGUACAAACAGUUUCUCCUGAGAAAAAUUCUUAAUGGCUGGUGAAUUAAUGUAAAAAGCUUCGUCUGACACAGAAAAGUACUUCGUGUGCGGGUCGUGUUUCAUCUCAGAGGAGUUGGACGCUUCUGCUUUCAGCUCUACAAAACUAGCUUGUUUUUCAGCAGCAUGGCAGAGCCACAGAGAAAAGGAGAGCUGCUGCCCGAAGAUGUUGGUACAGACGACUGCCUGACUUCGUACACAUACAUCUACAGUCCAGAUUUACUAAAAGAUCAGGUUGCUUUUAUCACAGGGGGUGGAUCUGGAAUUGGACUUAGGAUAGCAGAAAUCUUCAUGAGGCAUGGCUGUGACACAGUGAUUGCAAGCAGGAACUUGGACAAGCUCAAAGAGGCGGCUAAAAAGCUGUGUGCUGUGUCGGGACGCCGCUGUCUCCCUUUGUGUAUAGACGUGAGGCAGCCUGAGAGCAUCACAGCUGCUGUGGAUGAGACAUUGAAAGAGUUGGGCCGCAUAGACAUCCUCAUAAACAACGCUGCUGGAAACUUCCUCUGCCCGGCUGCCUCUCUCACCUUCAAUGCCUUCAAGACAGUGAUGGAUAUAGACACUAUGGGUACAUUCAACACCAGCAAGGUGGUUUAUGAGAAGUGGUUCCAGAAUCACGGUGGCAACAUAGUCAACAUCUCUGCAACACUCGGUUACAGGGGACAGGGCCUCCAGGUGCAUGCUGGCUCUGCUAAGGCUGCAAAUGAUGCCAUGACCAAGCACCUGGCUGUGGAGUGGGGGCCCAGUGGAGUGAGAGUCAAUACAGUGGCUCCAGGUCCUGUCUCUGGCACAGAGGGCUUCCGCAGACUAAGUGGUCCCGCAGGGGAGGCUGCUGGUGUGUUCCAGUCCAUUCCUUUGCAGCGAGCAGGCAACAAGACAGAGAUGGCCCACUGCACUCUCUUCUUGGCCAGCCAGGCCUCCUCCUAUGUGACUGGUGCCAUCCUGGUAGCGGAUGGUGGGGCGUGGCUGACCUCAGCCAACAACGUCUCCAUGCUGUUGGGUAUAGCCUCCUCUAAAUCUGCUAAACUCUGAACAGGCGCUCCCCUGACCUCCUCCUGACCCAGGUUAUUGGUCAUCUGAAAAGAAAAGAGAAAAGUAAAUGCUAUUCCAGGAACAAAAGAGUCAGUGUAUUUAUAACUUCUUUCAGCCAAUGUUGCCUUAAGAUUGUGUUGUUAAUUGAAAAAACACUAACAUAACCUGUAUUGCAUAUGUUUGCAAUCUUAAUAAUGGAUCAAAUUCAUGGAUUUAUCACCCUUUACAGUGCUGUGUAUUGUCAUUAGACAUUUCAUGUAUAGUUAUGUUUAUCACGUGCCAUUUUAUGUGAUUUUUCAUUCCCUUUCAUUUAUUUGUGAACAUUUUAUAAUUACUGUUAAUUGUGAUUACUGUUUGCAAGAAUUUUGUUUCUUGUGCUAGCAUACAAAAAACUUUAUUGGAGGUUGGUUUGUACCCAUAGGAAGGAACAGAUGCAAAUCAGGUAGAUUCAAUUAGUGGUUCCUUACCUAGGGGUCGGGGCCCCACAUCUGAGGGGUCACAAGUUGAUUAAAGAAAAAAAUAACAAUAAAAUUAAACAUAUUACUGUUACACAAAA